AUGCUCUUUACUACUCUUCUUGUCAGCCUCGCUGGCCUUGCUGCUACCAUGCCCUCAGCCGAGGACAUGUACCCCUCGGACGGCGGCGUCAUCCUCCAGCACGCUGCUUCGCACUAUUUCCCAGACUCCAAGACGGCUGAUCUCACCAAAUGGGACGUCUUCACUCACUACACCGGCUACGAUGCCGAGACCGAGUCCUGGCUGCAGUCCCUGGACCCGUCCUCAGGCAAAGACGACCGUGAAAAGGCAGCUAUCCUCGUCGAGGCCGCCUACGCCAAGAAGUUCUCCGAGACAGACGACGACAUGGUCUACGACCGUGACCACCUUGUUGCCGCCGUCAAGGGCAUGUCGAUGCCUCGUGGUGAAGACCACCCUCUGGACCGCCGCUACAGCCAGUACAUCAUCUCCCACGCCCACGUCGUUGUGUGGCACGCCUGCUCGGCCUUCUUUUCCUGUGUCUCAGGUGCGAGCUGUCAGUUCUCGAUUGAUGUUGGAAAAGCCCCUCGCUCCAAGUGCCAGAACCAGGGCGGCCAGAACUGCUGCAUCUCCUGGUCGACUUACAAGGUACAGGCUGGAUUCUUCUCCCGCACAUGGACAAACUGCGAUGCUGAGGUUGAGAAUGAGCAUGACAACUCGGCGUCCUGUGAGGGCAAGAGUGAUAACUCGGGUGGCGAUGUCUGCCUUUCCAACCGUGGUUCCGGCUGCACUUAG